UCCUUACUUUUUUCCUUUCUUUAAUUAUUUACUUAUUCUUCAGUAGUAGAUGAUAUUUUCGAGUUUGGUUGCUGUUGAAAUUAACUUGGGGGCAUAACGACUUUUGUUCCAACUAUACUGCCACGGAAAAUUGAAAAAAAAAUCCCAAAUCCCUCUUCGUUUAUUUAAUUGAUGCUACAAGCUUUCUUUGAAUCCUUGCAAAAUUUCAUUCCGUUGUUUACUUGCUAUGCAAGCAGCGGACCAUGCGUUUAGUAAAUAUGAUAUGAAAUCCUCUGUAUGUGGGUUCACUAUCUAAUACAACGGCUGUGGAUUGAUCGUAUAUUUUAAAGCUACAUCACUCGAUCUGAGAUAUUUGUCAUUUAUGCUAUUCAUCUUCCUGUACCCAAGUCAAAUCGACUGUGGGAAGCUGGGUUUUGUCGUUGUCAUGAGGGAACUAAGGAAUAGCCUUGUCAAAGUGAAUUUUAUCUCACGCUUUCUGAAAGUGGGUUUCAAUUUAAAUCCUUCGGCAUUAACGUGAUAACCAUUAGUGCAACUAGGUGAGGUCUUGAUCAGAGAAACGCAAAGGAUUUUCUUACAUAUAUCAAAUCAAGAUUUUGGAAGCGCUCCAUGGGAAACAAUGAAGAUGGAAAGUCUUCCAAGUCUGAAAAGUCGUCUUCACCAGUAACACCGGUUAUGAAUCCUCAGUCGGUUGUUCCUUUUUUUUGGCAGGAUCAAGCUAAUCAGACUAAUCAGACCAAUAUUCAUGUCUAUCCUGAUUGGGCAGCCAUGCAGGCAUAUUAUGGUCCCAGGGUCACUCUUCCACCAUAUUACAACUCCACUGUGACCUCAGGUCAUGCUCCUCACCCAUAUAUGUGGGGCCCACCCCAGCCCAUGAUGCCACCUUAUGGGGCGCCUUAUGCUGCAAUCUACCCACAUGGAGGGGUUUAUGCACAUCCUGCAGUUCCUCUUGGAUCCCAUUCACACGGUCAAGGGGUUCCAUUGUCGCCUGCUGCUGUAACUCCUUUGAGCAUAGAAACUCCUACAAAGUCGGGAAAUACAGAUCGGGGUUUAAUGAAGAAGUUGAAAGAGUUUGAUGGACUUGCAAUGUCAAUAGGCAAUGGUACUGCUGAGAGCACUGAUGGUGGGGCUGAACAUGGGCUGUCACAGAGUUCAGAGACUGAUGGUUCCAGCGAUGGAAGUGAUGGGAACACUGCCAGGCCAAAUCAAACCAGAAGGAAAAGAAGCCGUGAUGGAACACCAACUGGCAGUGAAAGCAAGACUGAGAUGCAAGCCAGUCAUACUUCUGCCAAGGAGGUCAAUGUAGCUCCCAACAAGACCUCUGGUGCAACUGUCACUCCUGGUAGUGCUUCGGGAAAUUUGGUUGGAAGUGUUGUUUCUCCGGGCAUGGCCACAGCAUUAGAGCUCAGGAACACUGGUAAUAUAAAUACCAAGACAACAACUACUAGUGUCCCACAGUCCUGUUCAGUAUUGCCUUCUGAAGCAUGGAUGCCGAAUGAAAGAGAGCUGAAACGAGAGAGGAGGAAACAGUCUAAUCGUGAAUCAGCUAGAAGGUCUAGGAUGAGGAAGCAGGCUGAGACUGAAGAACUUGCACGCAAAGUCGACUCCUUGACUGCUGAGAAUACAGCAAUAAAAUCUGAAAUAGGUCGAUUGACAGAAAACUCAGAUAAACUGAGGCUAGAAAAUACUAAGUUAAUGGAGAAACUGAAAAAUGCUCAAUUAGGACAGACAGAAGAAAUCAUUUUGAACCGAAUUGAGGACAAGAGGGCCCUGCCUGUUAGUACAGAGAACCUGCUGUCAAGGGUUAAUAAUUCAGGUGCGGUUGAUCGGAGCACUGAGGAAAAGAGUGACAUGUACGAGAACAGCUCAAACUCUGGUGCCAAGCUGCAUCAACUCUUGGACACAAGUCCAAGGGCCGAUGCCGUGGCUGCUGGCUAACCCAAGGAGCCAGCAUUACUGCAGUUCCCUUUUUUUUCCUCUUAAUCAUGUGGUUUUGGCAAUAUUACAAGCCCAGAAUUACUGCUAACUGUGAGCAGAAGAAUGAAACAAACAUCUGAAUAGGAAUGGUACCCUUGAAAACGGAGACUAAUUUUUUACUUGUAAGUUAGCCUUUUCAUGUCAAAACUGAUGUAAUUUUAUCAGCAUUCAGAGUGCGUGGAAAGCCACUGAAGGUAAUGUACAUUGAAGUUUAGAAAUAUAGUUGGUGAAAGCAUGCGAACGUUUCAUAUGUAGUAGUUGUGCAAUUCUAUUAACUAGUGAUUUAGACCCUGUGGUAUGUGAAUGAGAAGGUUUCGGAUGUCUUUUUAUCA